UGUGAGGAAAAAAAAUAAACAGUUCAGUUUCAUGGGAGAGAACUUGAUUCUCUCUGAAGGUUUGGACCACAUAAUAUACCUCUCUGCACAGGCCUCUUCUUAGGGACUCACGCCUCGAUCACACGGACCUUGCCCUUCAUUCCGGGACUCCAGAAGUACAUUCAUUCCAAUUGAACGCUGCUUUGCAGAGGCAGUUGCAAUGCGUUCUAUGUGGUGCUAAACAUAGGAUUUAAAAAAUGUAUGCGUCAAACUGUAUUCGUAGACGAAUUGACAGAAAUGGUAGCAGUAGGUGAAUGUUGAACUUUUGUUGCACCCAUAUCCAGAUGAUGCUGAGUUCUAUUUUUCGCAGAGCACUAUCGGUCUGAUCAAGGCGUCACUGUCUAGUCGGAACUAAAAGUUUCUGAUCAAACGAAGGGAGAACUAUUUUCGAUAGAACCGGAAACAUGGUGUAUGUCAAGAAAAAAUAUGGCGGCGCCCGUAUGUAGAAAUACCUUAACGUUAUAGCUGACAUUAAUCAAGCUAAAUGUUGGAAAAUAUUAAUUAACGCUAAAGGUAACCGUGUCACACGAAUACAUCUUAAUUCUAGAGUGGCCCUCGUGUAAUUUGUUGAGCUUGUCUUGACGAAUAAACUAGCCAUACUGGAGUCGAGCAUUGCUAGCUAAUUUUGACACACUGGUGGCAUUGGUAGAUGCCCGCCCGACCAAUGACAGAAGAUGUGGAACAAUGUCAAGGCAAAAGUAAUGGGUCUGAAAAUACUCCAUGGCUUUUGCAAUUAUUGCACCCAGAGGCAUGCAUCUGUUGGCGUGUGGGUCAAAAGAACGCCGGAGAAACAUAGGCGUUGUGGACAAGUCCCUGGCAAGACCCGCCUAUUUGCCACUAGGAACUACUUAUCAACAGAACCACCUUGGAGGGUCCUUUUCUUUGGGACAGAUGAUUUUGCUGUAGAAUCCCUCAAGCUGCUCUCUGCGUCAAGGGACUCCAAUGACCGAGUUGUGGAAUCACUUGAGGUUGUCACACUAUCCAAUGACGUCCCUGUGAAGAAGUUUGCUGAUCAAAACAAACUGCCCGUUCAUGUCUGGCCUCUCGGGGAUCUUCAAGGGCGGUUCGAUGUCGGGGUGGUGGUGUCGUUUGGCUGCUUGCUUCGGGCAGGACUUAUCAACCAGUUUCCAUGUGGGAUCCUGAAUGUCCACCCCAGCCUUCUCCCCAGAUGGCGCGGCCCCGCCCCAGUGUUCCACACCAUCCUACAUGGAGACACUAUCACCGGGGUCAGCGUCAUGCAGAUACGACCAAAGAGGUUUGAUGUGGGUCCCAUUCUUCACCAGGAGAUCUACCAGGUCCCUGACAACUUCACAGCUGACCAGCUAGGAGCUACUCUGGCCACCAAGGGAGCCCAGCUGUUGAUUGACACAUUAAGGACCCUUCCAGAGAGAAUCACAAACCGAAGGGAGCAAGCUCAAGACGGUGCCACUUUAGCCCCUAAAAUCAGCACAUCGAUGAGCUGGAUCGUAUGGGAGGAGCAGACCUGUGUCCAGAUCGACUGCCUGUUUCGUGCCAUCGCAUCCCGGAUCCCAUUGAGAACAAUUUGGAUGGGCAAGACCAUAAAGCUGCUGGACUUUGCUGGCAAGUGCAACAUUUCACUAUCAGGUCGAGGGAGGAUUCCUGUGCCAGGAUCUAUGAGUUAUCAGAAAGAAUCCAACACCUUGGCUGUCUGUUGUAAGGAUGGCUGGGUGGGAUUCAAGGCGGUGAUGCUGAAGAAGAGACUGUCGGCAGCGGACUUCUACAACGGAUAUCUCCAUCAGAGCUUCCAGAACAGAUCUGGCCCUCCCAAGCAGGAGUGCCUGUUCCACAGUAACAGAACUAAAUUACAUUCAGCUGGAGAGGAGAACUCAUUGACACAGCUACACGCUGUGCAUUAAAACAACAACCUACUUUAAUGUUAUUUGAUUAGAUACAUUUCCUGUAAAAAAUAAAGGAUCUAUACUAUGUCUGUUUUAAGACAACAUAUUUAAGAGUACACAAGAGUAGUGUUCAGCAGGGAACACCGUGGCAAAACGUUUUGAAACUAAAAAUGAGCAUUUCUUAUUGUUCAAAUCCAGGUAGUAACUACUCUGUUUCAACAUUUUUUCUUAUUUUACGCCUACUGGAAACUAUUUCCUGAUAGCCUAUGGAACACAUGAAUGUAAUAGUGAUAUCAUGGAGAGGCUGUUGUGUGUGAGUAGUUUGUUGUCGAAUUCAAAACCCUCAAACCCGUUAGACUACCAAAAUAACAGUUGUAUUUGCAUAAAUAAACAUUUACAAGGUU